UUCCAUUUACAUACUCCGUAUAAGAAGAAAAUGUGUGAUGGAUCACCAAUAAACAUUAAAAUACACUUUGAUACACCCGAUUACAUGUUUAUAAUUUUCAACUUUACCUAGCUACGUCCAACGUUUCUCUACUUUAUUUCCGUAAUCUCGCUCUCUAGUCUCUCUCUCUUUCCCUGUUUUCAUUCUUCUAUAAAAUCCCUCCUACCCUUCCCAUGUUCGCAAGUCGCAACACACCCUUCAAUCUUCAUCACACUCAUCAUUCUCUCACUCUCUCUUAUUCUCCCUCUUUUUCUCUUCUCUCUCUCUCCAACCAGGAAAAUAUAAAUGGCGCUUAAAAAGUCAGCAAAAAUGCCACAAACAGCAGUGUUGAAGCAAAUACUGAAGAGAUGCUCAAGCUUAGGUAAAAAGCAGGGUUACCAACAAGAAAAUGAGUACCCAGAAGAUGUACCAAAAGGUCAUUUCGCAGUUUAUGUUGGAAUCAACAGAACAAGAUACAUUGUUCCAAUUUCUUUGCUUAGCAGGCCAGAAUUUCAGAGCCUUCUUAAUCAAUCUGAAGAAGAAUUCGGGUUUUGUCAUGAAAUGGGUCUUAUUAUCCCUUGUGAUCAACAUGUUUUUGAGUCUCUCACUUCUAUGCUUUUGGGAUGAUUGAUUCUUAAUAUUAAAUAAUUAGUCUUUUUAGAGGUUAGUUAAUUGAGUUUCUUAUUUUGACCGAGUUUAAUUAGGAACCCAUAUGGAGAUUAUUUUUGUUUUUCAUGGGUUUAGGGAUAGAUUUGUAUAUUUGCCUGAAAAAAACUUGUAAUUCUUUUUCUCACGGUGGCUAGCGCUUGGGGUAUGUUGCCCUGUGACAGAAAGUUAUGUUAAUGACAAUAUUAUGAUUGAUUAGACUCAUAUUAA